CAGCAUUUGGCCCCAGGUUUUUGGCCAACGAUUUUUAACGCCAACGCCUCGUCCUUUUGGUGCCAUGCGUGUGCGCGGUGCGAAGCUGUGCCUUGGACUGGUGGUCGCAGUCGCGGCAACGACCUGCUUGGAUGAUGCGAUUCCGCCAGAAGACUGGAAGAACCUGGAGAAUGCCAAUGGCGAGUCAUAUCCUCUUGGCAUUUGGUUUGCCAACUAUGCAGCAAACCUCGCAGGGAAUGCACUUGUGGCAACCUUGAUUGAGGAGGUCUUCGGCUUCAAGACUGACACGGAGAGCGGCCUGGGCCCUGGUACAGUCAGUGGCAUGUACGCCAUUCUGGGCUGUGCAGACCCCAAUGCCUACGACGAGACCACCCGUGGCUGUGGUGGCCCAAAUGUCGGGGCGGAGCCUCGGCUGUGCACGCGGAAUUUGCUCGCCUGUGCACGCUUAUGGAUUUGCUCGGUUGUGCACGCGCUGCUCGGUUGUGCACUCCGAGCCACGAGAUACCACGUUCACAUGGAGUGCUGGAAGGAUGGCUACCCUUUGGUUUGGCAAGGCAUUCAGCGAGACUAUCCAAGCAUUGCACCCAAGAACUUGGGGAACAUGGGAUAUGACGGACUUGCCUCCAGCUUUUUGCCCAAGCCUGUCCAAGAGGCAGCAUACACCACGGAGGGUUUGGCUUUGCAAUACUACAAGAAUUGGAAUGCUUCGUGGUAUGAUCCCUCCAAGUAUUUUGAUUCGAUGGAAAUGAUCAACGCCUCUGCCUUGCUGGCGCCGUGCACCCAGACAGUCUUCCAAGAUGAUCCCACUGCCAGACGGCACGUGCAGUUCACAGGUGAUGCAGAUGGGGUUGACUUCGAUGCGGCUACAAAUACAUACUCUGUGAAGUGCCAUGGUGGAUACUACUGGAUUAGUCCAACUUGUCGAGGAAAUACCAGCAAGUGCAUCCCCUGGGUGACAGGAGGUUCUGGCUGGAGCAUCGAGGAAAUGAUGCAGAAGUCCACCAUCCACAACAUCCCUUUGGCCCUCGCCGUCGCUCGAUCGUGGCGCGAAUACACGGGGUAUCCAUUCGUGCAUCCCAAAUCCUAUUUUUAUUGGUGGGUGCCGGAUCCCACCUUUCUUGAACUGCAGCCCAUUUCACAGGUCUGGCCCCCAUACGAUCAGAGAGGUUGGAGCAUCGGUGAUCAGAGCAGUGGACCCAGUGCAACUUCCAUUGACAAGUUGGUCAGCAGAGACUUGAGCAUUUUGGCUCCAAAUGUGGAGAGCUUUGUUAGCAACAUCAUCAUCCCUAUGAAGCAAAUGGACCUGAUUCUCUUGGAUCAAAAGAACACGGGUGAUUCCUGGCGCAAUGCCACCUGCCGUUGGCUUCGCUCCAACGAGGCUCUUUGGCGCUCUUGGAUCCCGGAUGAGAGUCAGUGCUUCCCGGGCUUCGGGCUCUACGAUUCCCUGGCGCAGGACUACGUCGGGCAACGUGUGAACGCCACGAACAAGAUCGUGUGCCAGGCUUGCCCCUCGGGCACGUAUUCCAUGGCGAUGACGGAUUCCAUCGGCGACACCUAUGUGUGUGUGCCAUGUGGUGUGGGGACCAGCCAGCCCUCUGGUGCCGCAACCUUCUGCCACCGUUGCAAACCAGGAGAGUACCAGGACGAGAUGGGUCAGAGCGCCUGCAAGCGGUGUGACAUCGGAAAGUACCAGGACGAAUUUGGCGGAACAUUUUGCACGAUGUGCCCUGCUUCGACAACCACCAUGGGUUUGGGAUCGGUUGGAGAGAAUGAUUGCGGCUGCCGUCAGAACUACAUCAACAUGAACUUGGCAGGAGGCUUCCAGUGCCAGCCCUGCAGCGAAGGUCUGACAUGCCCAAAACUGUCCAAGUUGGCUGACUUGCAAAGUGGCGCCAGCGAGCUGGGGGCAGAGUUCACCCCACAAAUUCAAGAAGGCUACUUCAGUACUGGUGAGGCACCCACAGAGAUCUACCGCUGCAGCAGCCUGGUGUCCUGCCCUGGGGGGAUGCCGAACUCCUGCGGCGGUGGGCUCAUUGGCACGCCCUGUGACCAAUGCAAGGAAGGUCAGACCUGGACUGGCAGCGACUGCGCCGACUGCGAGGGCUGGCGCCAAGCGUUGUGGGUCUUGGCAGUUCUUUGCAUUUUUGCCUUCCUUACUUUGGCAUAUUACCUAACAUCGAGCAAAGUGACAGCCAAAGCCACGGUCUUAUUUGCCACCACCGCUUCCUUUGGCAUGCUGGUGAUGUCGAUGCAGAACCUCGGGCUGAUUGGCAUGAUGACCGUUGAUUGGCCCGCAGAUCUGACUGGCAUCUUUAGCAUCUGCCAAUUUCUCCUCCUGGACAUCGACAGUUAUGGCUUCGUCUGCAUCGCAGGCCAAGUCGCACCCAUCCGCUACCUUCUCAGCGCAUUGAUCUUCCCGGUGGGUGUGGCCUGGUUGGCCAUGUGCUAUUCUAUUUCUCGCCUUCUUCCAUCGCGGCUGAAGUGGGAUGGAUCCAAAGUGACAAGUAGCAUGGGAGCCUUCCUACAGGUCGGUUUCAGUACCAUGUCAGCGACGUCCUUGGCACCGAUGAUGUGCUAUCGGCACCCCAAUGGUUUGCGAAGCAUUCUGAAGUAUCCAGGUGUCAUUUGUGGAUCUGACGAGCACACGGCCAUGCUGGUCAUUGGUUGGACCUUGCUCGUGGUCUUUGUGCUGGGCUUCGUCUCGUUGUGCACCUUCGCUGUGAUGAAAGUACCCAGCUGGAGCGCGACACGCCGUGACCACUUGGUGGCCUGCAUCCGUUUCUUGGUCUUCCGCUUCAGGCUCGACUCCUGGUGGUUUGGCGUGCCCUUGCUUUGUCGAGGGCCCUUGCUGUCCUUGCCAGUGGUCUUGGCCACAGACUAUCCCCCGGUGCAGAUCAUCACGAUUGCGGUGGUGCUGGCAGGAUUUAUGGUCAUGCAGAUGCUUUCAUGGCCCUGGAAGGUGCCCAUGUUGAACCUCACGGAUGCCAUCAUCUCCUUUUGCAUCACCCUCCUGGUCACCACCUCAAGCUUGCAUCUCCCAGUGAUUGAAGGUCCCAUGGUGGCUUUCGCGGAGGGCAUCUCCACGGCGAUGUUGACCGGGAUUGGCAUUGCCCUGGGUCUCAUGUGCUUAAUGACCUCAAGCGCAUUGAUCUAUCGGAGUGCAUUGGGCGGCAAGAAGGAGCUGCGGCUCUUCAACCUGGGCUCCGUCCCAGACUCCGCGCGCCUCGCGACCAAAGUGAAGGAGUUGGCUAUGCAAUUGGAGAAGAUGGAACACCAGGAGCUUUUCAAGGCGCUCGACAGCUUGGCAGUCUUUGACAUGAACAAGAUAACCACUUGUAUCACCCUCUUGGCCACUGAGGUUGCACCGCCUGCUGAAGACGCCGUGACCUACAAGUUUAACGCGCGCAUCAAUUCUUCCUCCUUUGACCCGAGCCUCAAGAAGGGCAAGCGAUCCAAGCGUUCGACGGCAUCCAACGUGUCAGUGGAGGCGGAGACGGAACUUGCAGCUGGAGGCGAAGAGCUGCCCAGCAACCAGCUGGUUGAGGAGGAGGCGAUCGUUAAUGAGCCUCAGGAGCUCAAGUCCUCUUGGAUUUGAGGCAUGUUUUUCCCGGAGCCACGGCCAGAGCCCAGUGAAGCACCAGUGCGCCGCCGGGAACAUGCGACGUGUUUGUUUGAGGUUUGGGGUUUAUGAUGCUUUCUUCGUGGAACCUAGGUACGGAUCGGAACCCUCUUGAC